AUGUUAGAAGACAAAUACAUUGGCCUGGCUCUGGCCAUCACAUCUACUCUGGCGAUAGGAACGAGUUUCGUCAUCACAAAGAAGGGUUUAAUUGACGCUGAAGAGAGGCAUGGCUUCGAGGGAGAUGGAUUUUCAUAUCUCAAGAGCCCCAUAUGGUGGGCGGGAAUUCUAGCACUGGUCGCUGGAGAGAUCGCCAAUUUCGCUGCAUAUGCAUUUGCCCCCGCGAUUUUGGUAACACCUCUAGGGGCACUGAGUGUUUUAAUUGGUGCUGUGUUAGGAUCAUACUUCUUGAAAGAGGAGCUGGGAACUUUGGGGAAACUGGGAUGUGCAACCUGCCUCAUCGGAUCUGUGAUCAUUGUGCUUCAUGCGCCUCCGGAUAAAGAAAUUCAGACCAUUGACGAGAUUCUUCACUAUGCGAUCCAGCCUGGUUUUUUGCUGUUUUGCUUUGCAGUGGCCGUUUUUGCAGUCUUCAUGAUAUACAAAAUCGCGCCGAAGUACGGGAAGAAGAACCCUCUAAUCUACCUGUCGAUUUGCUCUACUGUUGGAGGAGUUUCAGUCAUGUCUGUCAAGGCGUUUGGAAUCGCUGUGAAGCUGACUCUGGCUGGCAACAACCAGUUUACUCACCCUUCGACAUAUGUCUUCAUUAUCUUGUGCUCAGUCUGCAUCAUGACGCAGAUGAACUACUUCAACAAGGCUCUGAGCCAGUUCCCAACAUCAAUCGUCAAUCCACUCUAUUACGUUACAUUUACCACAGCAACACUUACAGCUUCCUUCAUUCUAUACGGCGGAUUCAACACUUCUGAUGCCGUUAACACAAUUUCUCUACUUUGCGGCUUCCUGGUCAUAUUUACCGGGGUAUAUCUCCUCAACAUUUCGCGUGGAGAUCCGAACGGACAAAGGAUGAUUGCUGGAACUACACAUGAUGGCAUUGCCACGGACAUCAUUUCGAGCAUUCAGACACGAAGGAGCAUGCAGUCUAGGAGAAGUUUGGACCCGCACAGAAUGAGCGUGGGCAGUGGAUAUGGCAGAACAGGAGACAGAGAGGGACUGAUACACGCAUAUGAUGAAGAAGAGGGCCUAGGUCUUACAGAGUUGACUGAAGACAGCGAUGAUGACUCUCAUAUCCACGCCAACGGGAAGAUGAAUGGUAAUGGUAAUGGAAGUGCCAGUGCGAGUGCGAGUAAGAGGAGCUUCAGCGAGCCGAUAGAUCGGCCGAGGAAAUCAUCGUCAAGGUGA